AUGCAUCUUUUUAAGCUCUUCGUUGGCCUGUUCGCCCUGCUGUGGACUGCACAUGCCACGGACAAUGGACUGCAGAAAAUCGUCGAAUGGGAUGGAUACAGUCUUAUGAUCAAUGGGAAGAGGGAGUUUAUCUAUUCGGCUGAGUUUCACUACCAGCGCAUGCCUGUGCCUGAGAUAUGGCUUGACAUCCUCCAGAAGCUGCGCGCUAAUGGCUUUAAUACUGUCAGCCUGUACUUCUUCUGGAGCUACCAUUCCGCCUCCAGAGAUGUUUACGACUUUGAGACAUCCGGCAAGAACGUCCAGAGAUUGCUUGACUACUGUAAAGAGGCUGGGCUCUAUGUCAUUGCAAGAUCCGGCCCUUAUAUCAAUGCUGAAACCAAUGGCGGCGGUUUCGCAUUGUGGGGGUCUGAUGGGAGCAUGGGGAACCUGCGUACAUCAGAUGAGACCUACCACCAGGCUUGGCUUCCAUGGGUCGCCAAGAUGGGUAAGAUUAUUGCAGACAACGAGAUCACCAAAGGUGGUCCGGUUAUUUUGAACCAGCUCGAAAACGAACUCCAAGAGACAUCACAUGUGGCCACUGCUUCGGCCGUGGUUUACAUGGAACAGCUCAAGAAAGCUUUCCUUGAUGCAGGAGUCACUGUGCCGUCUUCGCACAAUGAGAAGGGACAGCGCUCGAUGUCGUGGUCUACGGAUUACCAGGACGUUGGUGGAUCUGUUAACGUCUAUGGUCUCGAUUCUUACCCUGGUGGAACAUCCUGCACCAAUAUAAACUCUGGCUACAAUGUAGUCCGCAAUUACUACCAGUGGUUUUCAAACUACUCCUACACGCAGCCAAGUUACGUCCCCGAGUUUGAGGGUGGAUGGUUCAGCCCCUGGGGAGGCAAAUUCUACGAUGAGUGCCUUGCAGAGCACAGCCCAGAGUUCGCGGAUAUUUACUACAAGAAUAAUGUUGGACAGCGGAUUACUAUGCAGAAUCUGUACAUGACUUGGGGAGGAACCAACUGGGGACACUCUGCGGCUCCGGUCGUGUAUACGUCUUAUGAUUAUUCCGCACCGCUGAGAGAGACUCGCCAGCAAUGGGACAAACUGUACCAAACCAAGCUUCUCGGGCUCUUCACUCGGGUUUCAAAGGACCUGUUGAAAACUUACAUGGUUGGAAAUGGCACUGGAUGGAGCGUAUCGACGGAUGCUAUCUGGACGUGGCAACUGGCAAAUCCCGAUACUAAGGCAGGAUUCUACGUCGUCCAGCACGCCGCCACGAAUUCUAGGAACAAUGAAACUUUCAGUAUUGAUCUCACUACCUCGAAAGGGAACGUCUCUGUCCCUAAUGUUAGUCUUACGGGCCGCCAGUCUAAGCUUAUAGUGACCGAUUACACAUUUGGAAAGCACGCUCUUUUGUACUCUACUGCCGAAGUUCUUACAUACGGCGUCUUCGACGUUGAUGUAUUGGUAUUUUACCUCAGAGAGGGCGACAUUGGGCAGUUUGCAUUCAAGGGUAUGCCGGCUCACUUGACCUACAAGGUCUACGGCAAAUCGAAACUCACAUCUGCAACCACUGAUGGAACUACGGCAUACACUUACACACAAGGGCCGGGCACAUCAGUCGUGAAGUUCAGCGACGGCACUAUUGUGUAUCUGCUUGAACUGUGGACCGCGUGGCAAUUCUGGGCACCGUCAACAUCCAAGAACCCAACCGUGGAGGCAGACAAGCAGGUGUUCGUCAUUGGACCGUACCUUGCACGAAGCGCCUACGUCCAACACGGAGAUGUUUUCGUGUCAGGAGACAGUAACUCCACCACCACUCUCGAGGUCUACGCUGGGAGCUCUGUAAGGAACAUUGUCUGGAAUGGGAAGCGGCUGCCAACCACGAAGACAGCCUGGGGGUCAGUUACAGCCAAAAUCGCUGGUACAGAGCAUCGCCAUAUCUCCUUACCUGAGUUCAAGAACUGGAGAUCUGCCGACUCUCUGCCAGAGAUCAACCCAGAUUAUGAUGACUCGAAGUGGGUUGUCUGCGAUAAACAGACUACGUUGAGCCCUGUUGCCCCCACGACACUGCCAGUUCUAUUUGCUAGCGAUUACGGUUUCUACGCUGGAGCGAAGGUCUACCGCGGUUACUUCGACGGCACCAGCGCCACGUUUGUUAACCUGACAACAUCAGGCGGUUUCGCAUUUGGAUUCAACGCCUGGCUCAACGGUAAGCUCAUCGGCGGCCACGGUGGUGAUCCCGCCCAGAGCAACCUUAUCAGCCAGCUCAGCUUUGCCAACGCCACUCUCCGCGCUACUAACAAUGUCCUCGUCGUCCUGGUCGAUUACCACGGCCACGACGAAACCUCCACCGCAAAGGGCGUCGAGAAUCCCCGCGGCAUCCUCGGCGCCUCCCUCUCCACAGGCCCCUUUAAGACCUGGAAAAUCCAGGGUAAUGCUGGCGGUCCCGCUAACAUUGAUCCUGUUCGUGGUCCCAUGAACGAGGGCGGCCUCUACGCUGAGCGCCUCGGCUGGCAUCUUCCUGGCUUCGACGUCUCGAAGUGGUCUCGCAGCGACGGACCUACUACGGGACUGGCCAAGUCAGGCGUUCAGUUCUACGUCACUACUUUCCGCCUUGCCAUCGAUGCUGACCUCGAUGCUCCGCUGGGCAUUGAGUUCAGCGCGCCAGCUGGCACGGUUGCCCGUCUGAUGUUCUGGAUCAACGGGUACCAGUUCGGCAAGGCUGUGUUCCAUAUUGGCCCGCAGCUGCGCUUCCCAGUUCCCCCUGGAAUCAUCAACAACCGUGGAGAAAAUACAUUGACGAUUAGCUUGUGGGCACAGACUGAUGAGGGAGCGAAAGUGAGCGAGGUUAAGCUGAUUAAUUAUGGGCUGUACCAGACAGACUUCGAGUUUAAUGCUGAUUGGAAGUAUUUGCAGCCGAAGUAUGUCGGAGGGAGAGAAAAGUAUGCCUGAGAGGGCCAAGGGAAGAUGUGGG